UCAAGGUUGUUGUCCCAUAUAGCUGACCGCCAUACUUGUUUUCAAAUGUGACAAAAUUACAGGAAGAGACUAAAAAUGGAGAGAACUUUAUUAUUUUCGUGCAUACUGUGGAUUGCAAUCUCUUAUGCGAAUAGUCAAGACAAUGGCCCGCAGAUUGACUUCCAGAGGAUAUUGGAGGCUGGCGGAAGUCAAGCAAUUGAUAAAAUUCAGGUUGACAGUUCAAGUACUGAUACAUUCCAGGUUAUGUGUAGGGUGAACAAUGUGAACCAGUUGUUUAAAAUCACUACAUUGAAGGUUCAAUAUAAGACAAGUGCAAAUGCCCAAGACUUUACGGACCUAGCCUUACUGCAGAAUGUUGAUGGCAUUAAUGUAGACACAUACAGAACACCUGUGUUAGCAUCUGGUGCAGGUUCAGGCUGGACUGUAGAGGGAAGUUUUGAUACAACAAGCAGUAACGGAAGGGAUAGUACAUUAGGCGUGUCUCGUCCUGUGUCUUCUAUAACCUGUAGUAAUGCUGUGGAGUACAGAUGCAAUUUGUCCUACACAAUGCCUGGGCCUGAUUAUAAUUCAGCCACUGGCAUGAAAUCAAAAGAGCUUGAUGUCCAAGUUUUACCUACUACCAUCACAAGGAAUGUCUACAACAUGAGUAGCUUGAGUGGCUCGCUCCAAGUUUCUCUGUUUGACACCAUUGAACCCUUUUACGUUGGUCAAACUGUCAAGAUGGAGUGCUUGGCAAACAUUGGCUCCUACAACGGUACCGCCCAGAUCCGCUGGUUAAAGAGCAACAUUGUUCCUGGCAGCCCCCUGGCUCCUUACUUUAGUCCUGAUGCUGUCCUUGGUGAUCCCCAGUCAACGGUCAACUGUGUGUAUCAACAGAUGGACUCUGUGACUUACAAUAUGACGGCACAGGAUGCUGGAAGAACAGCCGAGAACAGACUUCAUUUUCAGUGCUACGUGUACAUUCCUAGCAUGAACUGGGAAUCACCUGAAGACGAUCGAGGGAAUUUCAAAUUCAUUGUCUAUUCAGAUGCUGAUAGUCAACCUAAUACAGGGCCAGCAACUGCAGGAACGUCAAACAUUGGAGCUAUAAUUGGGGGUGUCAUAGGUGGUCUGGUGGCCAUCAUUAUUAUAUGUGCCUUAAUCUGGAUCCUGUUGUAUGGACGAGACAGGCUCAACAUGUGUUCAGGAGGGGAUGAGUAUACAACCAAAGAAGAGCAAGGGGCAAGCAACCCUAACCUAGCACCAAAUGCUUUAUAUUCUGUUCCAGAUAAGAAGGGCCAUGAAAACAGAGGUCUGGACGAGCCGCACGAGUCUAGUCGCCACCACCACCGCUAUGACAACGCAAACGACGGGUAUGAAAGGAACGGGAGAAAGAACCAUGCGAUGGACCGUGACGAUGACGACGAUUACCACAGCCGAGAUGGUUCCCCGUCUUUUGGUCAUUCCAACCAUAUGGGCAUUGACCCAGUUCAUGGUUCAAUAGGCACUGGUGUGUAAGGGGAUGGGGAACUUGAGGACAUACACCCUCUCUUGGUUACCACCCCUUUUCCACCUGAACUUUUGUCACCUAUAGCAUUGACUGAAAAAAUGACACAUCUAAUGUUAUGCACAUUUCACAUUCCAAGAUUCGAACAUUGCGUUGUGUCUUAUACAUAUCUAUCUUUAUCAUGCUGUGUUGAAAUGCUGACUUAGCAUGUUUUAAUGUUCAGGGAAAUGUUAGGGACUCCAGGUUUGUGUUAAGGAAAGACUGUUUGAUUUGAGUGUUAUACUUCUUUAGUUAAAUGUUUAGAUCCACAAUUAUACAAUUUUAAGGAUGACUUAACUGAUGAAAAGAAAAUGUCAAGUCUGUAGUUUUGCAGCUUUUUGACACAGAGUGUGCGUUUUGAAAAGUAUAUAAGUUGUGACACAAAAACAUAUCAGUUGAUCAUUUUUCAGGUACAAUGAAAAUCAUUUGUGUAAACUAUGGUAUAUAAUGUGCUUCAAUAUAAAACAUGCCGAUGUAUAUAAUUAUUGUUGAUAGACUGUGUUUAGCCUGUAAGGCCAUGGAAAGAGUCCCUGUGAUAGAGGUUUUUUAAUUUGAAGUUCAGGUUUCUUGACGUUUGCGACAUUGUCUGUGAGAUAUUACGGUAAUGUUAACGAGAAUUUUGAACAUAAGAUCUGUAAGAAGUAGUUCCUUUUUCUGUAAUACAACAGUUUAGGGCUUAUUAAGAUAACUUAGAGUUUACGUUAUGGUUCAGGUGGUAUAAUGUCCACCUGUUUAAGAAGUGCUCAGGUUGAGCCCUGCAAAUGACAUGUACUCUUUGGCGUAGAAAAGGGACACUUUAACUGGUUGCUAACGAAGACAUUGACCAGUGUAAUAAAAUCAAAUCUUAUAAGCUAAGAAAAUCCAUAAAUGAUUACAUAAUUGUCACAUAAUUGUCACAGCACUAACAACCAAAUACGAGGACUGUGGGUCAUGUUACUGUUUUGUACUAUGUUGUCAAGGAAAAUGUUGAAUUAGUAGCCCAACAGUAUAAGUGAAAAGCUUUGUAAUUUUUCUGAAGGGGAAAUUAUGUAACAGUUACACCUUUUCUACUUGUUACCGUUUCAAUAUGGGCGUUAAAGGGACUAGACACCAGAUGGUCCCAAAAUCGGCAAAUACAGUAUUUCCUCAAAUUAAGCCCAGGAUUUUCAAUUCGAGCUAGUAUCACUUUACAUGAUUAAAAGAAUAUUUUGUCGCUGUAAUGGAUGAGUUUACCUGUUUUAAAAUAGCACAUAAUGGUUUCCCAGUUUAUUGCUAAGAUUCAAUGCAUUGUUCACUAUGAUAUCAAUUAAAUGUAAGGUUUUGACAAUUUGAUUUUUUUUCUUGCAAUUGUAUCAUCUGGUGUCUAAGUCCCUUUAAUGUGUAUGGAAAAGAAAGAAAACACUUGCACAUGGUACAAGAUAGUAUUAUAGCGCCUGUCUCUAUCUGUUGCAAUUAAGGGCCUGUAUUUCAAAGGUUGUGAAAUGUGUUUUAUCUGUAUAUAGCAGCUCUUUUAUGUAUUUUACCACUUUUUAUACUGCUUUCCACAUUAAUUUUAUAUCUUUGUUGAUGAUCUGUACCUGUAUACGAUGUUUUUUAAAAUUAGUAGUUUUUGAUUUGUUCAUAUUUGAGUGAAGUUCUGUUACUGUUUAUUGUUAAUUAUACAAUUAAUUUCAAUCCAGCAGAUAUAAGCUAAUAACAGUGAUAUUUUGUUGUUUGGAAAUAAGCUUUUUAUCUUCAUCUUUGACUUAAAGCUGCACUCUCACAGAUUGAAUGUUUUGACAACUUUUUUAUUUGAAAAUGCAGUAUUACAAGACUGCUAGACUGCUGACAAAAAAUAAAUGGCAUAUUUUUAUAUUUAAGUUCAAAAAUUGAUGUUUUAUGCAUUUUUCUUAAACCUUUACUAAUGUUUUAACCCAUAAAACAUUUAUUUUCAAUCGGAAAUAUGAAAUCUGCGAUCUGAUCUUUCGUCAGCAAUCUUUUAUCAUUGGUUUGCAGAUAUUUACAAAAAGAGUUGCUUUUUCCAAGACAAAAAAAAAAGUUGUAAAAACAGUAUAUCUAUGAGAGUGCAGCUUAAAGAUGCAAUUUAUAGGAUCAUCUGUUUGCAGUUGCUUAUACAACUUGCCAUAAAUAGUCCAUCUCAGCUAUUUCAAGUACUCUUGGAAUAAAGCAGAAAGAUUUCAGCUACUCAAGUCAUGCUAUUCUCUUGUUGAGUGUAUAAAAUGUCAUGACUCAGUUUUCAACAACUAUACUUAAUCUGUUGACACAAUGAAAAAGACUUGACUGGGAUCUAUAAAUAACACUAUUAUAUGAAGGCUCUGAGCACUUUUCACUAAAAGGAAAAAAAGAAAAACAAUUCAUUUUACUGUUCAACAGUUUGUAUGUUUGUCAUCUUUAUGUUUACACUAAAUUAUUGUGUUUGUUUUGUAAUCAAGCAGUGUGCACUUAAGUCAAUAAAUGUAUCCAUAUAACAAAUCCAAUGUCUAAAUAUUUAAAGAGAUACUUUCACUUGUGACCUUAGAGCAAAAUUAUCCAAUACAUUGUUCAGUUAUGUUGAAGGUUUUAUUGUUCAUAAUCGUUUGUUCAAACAGAUUUGUGUGAUCAAAAUAUUUACUUAGGCCCAUAAACUUGUUUGGUUAGGGUAACAUCCAUUUCAAAAACAGGUAGGGUUAAGAAGGUGUUUUUUUGGUGUGUGUUUUUAUUAGGCCUUAUAUUAGAAUGUUAUUGACAGCUUUGGAGAAUGGAAUUAAAUCAGUCUUCUGUAUGAAGCUUUAAAGCUGCACUCUCACCGAUUGAACGUUUGAACAGUUUAAGCCAUAAAACAUGAGUUUUCAAACGGAAAUAUGAAAAUCUAUGAUCUGUUUUUUUGUCAGCAAUCAUAUAUCAUUGGUUUACAGAUAUUAACGCAAAAAUUUGCUCUUUCCAAGACAAAAAAUAAAGUUGUAAAAAUGGUAUAUCUGUGAGAGUGCAGCUUUAAAGGUUUUAAACUACAUAUUAAAACAUUCUGCAUAUAUUUUUCUUAUAACUGACUAUAAAAGCAAAAGGGUUGGCACCUAUUUUGUAGGGGAAUAACCUGAACCAAAUGUAUUUUAUUUAGGCCUUCGCGUACAAAAUGUGCAAUGCAAGCCUGGCAAAGGGAAAAAACUGUGUUUAGAGUUUUGUUUUCAUAUUGAAUAAUUGUCCAUCUUUGAAUAGGUUCAAGUCAUAUUUGCAUUUGUUAUCAUUCAGAUAUUUAUUGUACAAAUUUGAUCUAGAAAACACUAUAGAAAUCCAUUAUGUAGACAAGUCUGAAAGCAAAGACUAAAAAGCAAAUAGUACAUGGGCAGACCUUUAUUAAUCUACAACAAUGACAUGGUUAAUAUCAGUAUCUGAAGUGUUGAUACAAGAUUGUCAGUGUCACUCUUAGCCUUGGGAUGAAUUUAUGUUUGUCUUUAAAGUAAUAGUAUGUAUAUAUAUAUAUAUAUGGUUCUAUUAUUCCCCAAUGUAAUUAAGUCUCAUAUGGGCACUUUUUUAAGUUUAUAUACAAAAUAUUGUAUAUUCCGAAAUGAUAUUAUUGCAAAAAUACGCAGUACUAGUUAUCCUCAGAAGAGUGGAGUACUGUUUGUAUUUGUAAGAUCUGUAGUUUGGCAUUUCAAUGGUUUGAAACCCAUAUGGGUUUGAUUUUUUAAAAUCUUUUUUAUCUUUUUUUUGGUCUUUUAUCUUGCAACAAUUUGAAUGCACAGGUAUGAGACAUUGUUCUUAAAGGAAAUAUAUGGGAUUUAAACCUGUUGAUAUUCAAAACAUACCGAUACUGAUCAAUUUGGACAUUACCACUAUGAUUACUACGCCAUGCUUGCAAAGAUACAUAACCUGGGAUAUUUUGCAACAGUCUGGUUUUGUUUUAUAAAACAUUCAUAAAUUGGGAACAAUCUCAUAUGAAACUAAGGUAUAGUAAGCUUUUCAUUUUGAUCUUCUAAGCGAUUAAGUCUGUUGGCUUGGUUUGCAAAGUUCAUCGCCAUCUUACCGUUUAGAAGCCCCAAAAUAAACGCUUACUUUCUUAGUGUUCGGCAGGAAAUCCUUUGUGAAACCCUUUAUAUUAGGUAGUGCACAUGUUUAUAUUGUGCUUCAAAAUAGCGGACUUGAUAGACUAAAUGGUAAAUAUGGCAGUUUUCGAUACUGUAUGGAAAUGUCGCAACUGUUAUCUGCUUAAUGUAUAUUGGGUUGCCAAAGCUAAUCUAAGUUAUUAAAUGUGAAUCUGUCCAGCAAUCCCAAUGGAACAGGCAUUAGACUUAACACUAAAUCUCAUUGGGGGGAUAAUUGUUGUUGAAGCUUAUUUCAAGUGCUAGAAAUUUGAAUCUGCCUGUUUUAGAGGACAGAUUAAUGUUAAUUGGUGUUUUGGUUUAUAUAGUUUUAUUAUCUACCUUUUGUGAUAAAAGUAGUUCUGUAGACAAUUGAUUAGAGAUAAUAGCAAUAUCUUGUAUAUUCAGAAUUAGUUGAUAUAGGUUUUAUAUUAGAUGUGACACUGAAAAGAUACAUGCAUUUUUAAAAAUUCAAAUAAAAAGAUGAUAGGUAGUCUUCUAUUAAAAUGUUUUAUAUUGAUAAAUGGAGAACUUGUAAAUUACGAGAGAAAUAUUACAUAAUUGGUCUAUUUGCUCAGAACUUUGUUAAAGUUAACAACAUGGUUGAGAACAUUGUUGUUAACUUUCAAUGGGGAUGUUUUUAAUGCUGUGCUAGUACAUCUAUAAGAUAAAAGAAGUUCAGCUGAAACAGUUGUCUCAAAUCUUGUUAGAAUUACUGUAAAUCAUAAUUAUAUCUGUGAAAAAUCCAAAAAGAAAUAAUUUGAAAGGUAACAACGAUGACGUCGAAAAUGUUAGUUUUAACAAAGUUCUGAACAAUCAGCCCAUUCUAUUUAAGAAACAGAAUAAUCAUUGCCAUAGUAUUUUUUCCGCCCAUGUAUAUACACAUAUUCGUUAAUGUCUUAUCAUAGCCAUAUUUCUUUUGUAACAUAAUUAUGUAUUAUUGACAUGCAACAUGUAAAUGUCUCUAUAUGACCUUUAUAUUCACAUAUAAACAUAUAUUUUCACACUGUGUAUAUUUUCAGUAACUGGUGCCAGUGCUCAAGCUUUGUUUCAAUUGUUUAUCCAAUUCUAAGGAUUGUCAGAUAAUGAACUUUUAUGUAUUUCAAAUGUUUGGAAGUGAUGAUUCUAUUCAAAUGGCAUAAACUUAUAUACAAACUUAAUGAACAUUGCAUAUCAGCUACAUUGUUUUUCAUAUCUAGGCCACAGCAUUGUUUUGCAUUUGUUCUAUGGAUUUGGCCCAGAAAAAUUCGAGCCAGUCAUAAAAAACAAAACAAAAACCCAUCUUGUUUAAACGCAGGGGUAUGCAUACUGUUUUUGCAUUUUCAGGAAAGUAUGUGCGAUAAAUCCGUAAAACGAAACAUCAAUUUGGUGUGGCCAUGUCCAUAUAUUCCCAUAUUUGUGUUAUUAAAGUUUCUAGAUCAAAAUAUCUACACAUUGUCAAUGACUGUAUAUAGCAACAAUAAAUCUAUUUUAGACA